UCCAGCGAAUUUCGCCUUGAAAGAAUAUAUAAAGUCAGAUUUGUCGUCCGGCCAUUCUGUAUAACGUGAAUGCACCCUUUUAGUAGAGAUCGAAUUGGUUAUGGAGACAACCGACGUAACAUUCCACCGUUAAUUCCGGUUUGUGAACCUCUUUUUGGUAGGGCAGAUUAUAACGACCGCAAUGCUGACAAUUUCUACAGGCAGAGGCGCAUCGCUGAUGUUCCGCUAAGACGAGAAGAAGAUUGGCGUUCACCCCUCUUUCGGAGAACCGAAAGUUUGCAUGGAAUGUCUUAUGAGGCAUGGCAAUCACAACCACCUCUUGCCAGAGAGCUGAGACCGGAUUCUUGGAGAGUGGGCGCACCUGAUCUGAGGAGGAACGACUGGAGAAGAGAAGGAUCCUGGCGUCCUCGUUCCCCAUCUCCGGCAAGUUUUGGAAGAGCACCAUUGGAGUCACAUUAUCGACGUCCAUCACCAGGUUGGCGAAAUGAUGCCCCGAGUAGAUCUGCUAAUUCCUACCCGACUCCGGAAAAGGUACGAAGAGAUAGUUCGGCAUCACGGGACGGAAGGACUUUAUCAUCGCGCGACGGAAGGCGUUCUAGUUCAGUAUUGGAUCGUGAGAAGGAGAAGCGUGACACUUCGAAUGGUGAAGAUACAAAUCAGGAAACUAUUCGUAUGAAGUCGACAACUAAGGAAAGGCAAAGUUACUGGGCUCCUAAAGAAGAAAUGCAGGAAGAAAACACUGCCGACAUGUCUAAUUCAAAUACAAAUGGUUCUAAAGCUGCAGAAAACGAGGUAAAGAAGACCAUCGAGAGAAACUCUGCACGUGUGCGUGUAAAAGAAGAAGUGUGUGAUCCGCCAGAGCCUAAUGAGAAAGAAGCUGCAGUUGAGAACAAAAAUGUCGAUGAGUCGGAAAAAUCGUCUCAGACUAAAGAGAAAGGUGUCGAUGAAGAUCAGGCGGCAUCAGAAUCGGACAAGAAAGAGUCGCUGGUUGUGAAAGCCAACUUUGAAGAUGUGCACUUGUUUGCUAAGCACAAGAUAUACGAUGCAUCGGCAGCACCUCACAAAGGUGCGCCCAGCAUCAGUUGGUAUGAGCAGUAUCUCAUGAACGUCAACAAAAGAAAACGAGACUUGGAAUCCGGUUUGGCUGUUGCUCCCCCUUUGGCGCAGGCGUCAGUGCGACGUAAUGGUCCUCGGCUGUCUCCACAAGCUUCCUACGAUUCGGUAUCUCCUGCUACGCUAGAAAUGCGGAAAGUCCAUCGUGGCUACCCACCUGUGUCGGGUUCAUCUUCUUCGACGUACUCGAAUCUUGGGAAAGAGCCGCUCCGCAUGAGAUCGCCUCCUCCAGGACAGCUGAUCGAUCCCAAUGAAUUUAUAGAAGAACUGAGCGAUAACGAGGAUUGGGAUAGCAUGGCUCAAGUGCUACAGACAAUGCCACCAAAGCGAAAAUCGGAGCUACCUCUUGAUAGACCCCAAAAAAGGCCCUUGCUCGGAGUCCCGCCACCACCAAGGCCUACUUCUGCUUCUGAUCCAUGGCAAGAUCCAGCAGCAGUGAAAGCAAAACCGUUGUUUCCGAAAGCAUAUCCUAGUGUCAGUUAUGUUCCACCUGUUGAGAAAUCGUUCUUUCGUAUGGAGUUUCCGAGCGUUGCUCCCAGGAUCUAUUUCACUCAUAAGCAAAAUGAACCAGAACAUGAACCGGAGCCACCGAGGGAUGGGCCACCACAAGCUCGCAUAGCUCCAGCUGUUGCCCUAGAACAAGGUGAUACCAGCUGGCGAUAUUCGCAGAGACCUCCUAGGCGUUUUGCGCCCGAUCCCAUGCCUGGGGGAUACUUCUAGACGUCUACGUGUGAGCGUAUUUCGAGAUAUUGAGAAAGGAGACGAGAGAACUCAUGGUUAUCCUCAUCAAUUGCUUUCUUGCUAGGUUUAUUCUUUUAAUGACGCUUAUUCGGGUCGUUCUAAUGAUUUGGAGUUUUGAGUACAACCUGAAAAGAGGAAGAAUUGAAAUGUUUCUUUUUGCGGUAAAUCCGAUAUCAUCUCAAUAGUCCAGUUUGUGAUCUGGAUUUGGGGAGUUCAUCUAAGCUUAGGCUAUUUAAAUGUAAAGUUCCACUGAGAAUACAACUGCAUCUAUUUAACCGUAUUCGUGAGUUGUGUAUUGCUAAUCCAUGGUUCAUUCUGAAG